CCCGCUUCUGUGUGGACACAAAAACACAGAGGACCUGUGGGCUUGUUGCUAGUCUUCAGAGGAAGGCUGUGAUGCUGUUUUCACCCAGUUAAAGUCGUGCGUGGGGUUUGGGAUAUUCAGCCAUGCUUCAGCAGUCGGAGCUCAUCUUCGACUUUGCCAGCGACCAUGUCAACAUGUCACAGUUGGGGGGUUACUCAGAUUACCCUGCAGUGAUUGUGGAGCAGGUUCCCCAUCCACACCUGCUCUCGUACACAGGUCUGGCGUGUGAACAGACACACACAGAGGGGGAUCACCAACAGCUGCUCAAAGUGGAACCAUGUGAGAGUGGAGAGGAGGAGACCAUGGAGACACUUGUUGCUGCUGACUCGCUUCUCAACAUGGACUGCCCUGACACCCUCUCUCUGGAGCAACACUACUCCCAGACCUUCUUACCAUCACUGGGUGAUGUCAUCACUACUCCUGUCACCCAGGUGACUGUGUCGGCAGAGGGGAUUGUGGGAGCGGUUGACCAGCCACAGUGGCACUCGUUGCACACAGAGAAGCCAGCAGCACAGCUGCAGUCCAAGAAGAGAGGGAGAAAACCUCGACACAGAAGGGCAGAGUCUCCCACACCGAAUAUUAUAGUGAAGAAGGACAAAUAUAACAAAGGAGGAAACACGCUGUACCUGUGGCAGUUCCUGAUGGAGUUGUUGCAGGACCGACAGGUCUGCCCCCGAUACAUUAAAUGGACCAAUGCCCAGGCAGGAAUCUUCAAGUUAGUCAACUCAAAAGCUGUGGCCAGACUCUGGGGCAAACACAAGAACAAGCCAGAUAUGAAUUACGAGACAAUGGGCAGAGCACUCAGGUACUACUACCAGAGAGGCAUCCUGAAUAAGGUUGAAGGACAGCGUCUCGUCUACCAGUUCACCUCUCUGCCUGCAGACAUGAUUUAUAUCACAGACGGAGAUGGCGCCAAAGAGGAAGACGAUUAUGACGACAACAGUGGCAAUGAUGCUGUGAGCGACUCUGAUGACAGCACAAUACCUUCCAGUGACCAGUCGGUGGAUGAGGAAGAUUUACACCCACCACAAAAGAAAUUCUCAUCGAGCUUGGUCCGACCCUCGCCCCCCCAGAGGACCAGGCCAGCUCCCAGGCCCUCGGGCCAGCGUGACACCGUCCUGCGACCUCCCAGCACCAGCUUGAUCCAGGAGCAGCAUUUGCCUAUCGUGUCUGCUGAGAUGCUGCGGACCCUACAGAACCUGCCGAAGGUCCAGUCCCUGCAGCCGGCAGGUCAUGCCUCGGUCUUCAAAACAGCUCAGCUGCUGGGGAGUCUGUGUGAGCGACAGGCUGCCGCCGAGGUUGCUGUAGACAGUAACGGUGGCCGGGAGACGCCCGAAGAGAUGUCACGGCCGGGACAGAAAACUUCACAAGUGGAGACUCCACAGCUGGUGUCCUUAACUAGCUCUGACCAAUAGAAAAGACCAAGGCUCAAACACACAUAUGCACACACACUCCACUGUCUCAGGACCAGUUACAGAGCUGCACUUAGCUGCUGCAAAACACACCAGGUCUACAUUUCUGUUAUGUGUAAGAGCGGCAGUAUUGUUCUAGGAUUAUUUUCAGAUUAUAUUAUGACUUGUCAACCAAAAUAAUUCUAGAUCAGUACUUCCUCCCCUGAUGUCUGAGUUAUCAGGAACCAAAGUCUCACAGCACUCAGCAGGUUACUUUUCUUAGAUGAGACAGACUUCACAAAGCUUGUGUCCCUUAUCUCAGCCUUCUGUCAAUCUCUGUAGCGAUAACGAUACAAGACACCAAAGACAGACAUGCACUGGAAUCUACGGCCUCUCUGCAACUUCUGCAGACACACCCUCUGCCUGCACUUCACCUCCAGCAUCAUGGAGCUAAAGAACUGAUCAGUACACUGUGCCCCCUUUCUCUACCUUUACUCUCGCGCUUUCCUUUCCUUUUUUUUUUUUUUUUUUACACUCACAUGCUGAAUCAUUCCUCUGCCUUAAAAAUGGCUUUGCACUAAUGUUUACCUCUGCUGUGUGUUUCUUCUCUAAGUGCCUCCUGCUCAUCCCGUCCCUGCAUUCUCUGCUCCUGGCAAUCAUGAGGUUAUUGAGGGAAAACAUUCCAUAUUAAUUAUUGUUGUUAUUAUUAUUAUUAUUUUUUAAGAUAACUGAGUUAUGUUUGUAUUGUGAAAUGUUGAAAAACAAGGGAUCACUGUUAUUUGUAGAAUAGUAAUUUAGCACUGCUGCUGUUUAGUUGAUGUACCUACACAGUGGACCUUCCUAAUGUUGACAAUCACCAAUGAAAUGGUCGAGUGGCCUUUUAUUUCACAACAUUUCCUCCUGUAGAGUCAUACUGCAACUAUUUAGUCUUUCUUCUCUGCACACAUUCUAUUUUAGUUGUUACACAUACUAUAUAAAUGCAUAUAUGGACCUCUAAAGCCUUGAUACGUGUAUGUGUUGUGAGAUAUAUACUGUGUGUCUGUGAAUAUGCUUGACUUUGUGCCUUGUUGCCAUUUUCUCCCUCAGGUUCAUGAAAAUUACUCUUACCGCACAGGCUGUAUACUCCGUGCAAGGACUAAAACAGCUGGCCCUUUAUGAUAAAGUAAUGCUAAGUUCAGUGUUUUCUCUUCAGUUGAGCUUAGUUUAGCCUCUCAAAGCCAGACCAUGAAGUUUCCCUCACUCCAAACGAAAACUGUGCUUGUAAGAUUUGUGCUAGCUUGGUUUAGGAAAUGCCUAUUACUGUGCCUUUGUCCCCAGGGAAGCCUAUGCAAAACUCUUUUCACUUUAUUACAGAGUGAACCAUUUUAUUUGGAAUCCCCUCACUUUGCCUUAUAUCGAGAUCUCUUGAUACUGUAAGUUUUAUUCAUGUGGAUUUGUAAGCUUGUAGCGGAGGGAGAGGUGGAUUUUCUGUUGCUUUUAUUUUUUUGGUGCGUUUGCUUCUGUGCAGUCCAGAGGUGUUGAAAAGAUAAUGGUCUAUUAUACGAAAUAAACGUAAUUUUAUCAUUGUCUUUCA